AUGGGCUGCCAGGAGACCGAGUACCUGGACGAGCACGGGAAGUGUGUGCUGUGCAGGAGCUGCAUGCCUGGGCAGGAGCUCUCCAAGGACUGUGGUGAUGGCGUGGGAGGGGAUGCGCAGUGCGUUGCUUGCCCUCCCAGGAAGUUUAAGGACAGCUGGGGCCAUCAUGGCUGCAAGCCCUGCCUGUCCUGCGCCCUCAUCAACCGCAUCCAGAAGUCCAACUGCACGGCGACGGCCAACGCGGUGUGCGGGGAGUGCCUGCCAGGGUUUUACCGCAAGGCACGGCUCAGUGGGCAGCUGGACUGGGAGUGCAUCCCCUGCACCAAGCAGACACCCUCCUCCGAGCCCCAGUGUCGGUCCAGAACAAACCUGGUGAAAGUGGCAGUCCCCACCGUGCCGCCACAGGACACAGCCCUGCUUGCUCUGACCAGCAGUGCCCUGGUCAUCAUCGUACUGGUGCUUCUGGCCCUCUCCAUCAUUUACUGCAAGCGUUUCUGGAAGAGCCAGUGCCAGCGAGUCUUCCUGCGGACGCAGAACUUCUCAGGCCAGCGAGCGAUGUUCCCUACCUCAGCAGUGCCCGGCAGGUUUCUGUGUGAGGAGCAGAUGUCCGGUCCCUGCUGCCUGGGCAUGAAGAACCUCAGCCCCUGCUACAGGCAGACAGAAGGACCAGUAGAAGCGGUUCAGUUCAUUUCAGAAGGAGAAGCCAUCGGUCUCCAGCUGCCACCUGCCCAGCCUGAGCUGGAGCUGCCACCAGCCGUGGCAGGCAGCCCUGUGCCCAAAAGCCAGCUGUCCAGGAGCGGCCUGGAGAGUCAGCCGCUGAUGCGGGGCUGUGCCGAGCGCCGGGCCGCCGCCAUGGCUGCCCCCGACCUCAGGUCGGGCACAGCAGAAGCCCUGGCCCCGCUCUCCUCCUGCGCCUCUGAGAUGCAGCACAAGUGGCCGCACACCCCGGUGGAGUGCACCGAACUCGACCUGCAGAAAUUCUCCUCCCAGAUGGAGUUCGUGGGCAGUGAGCGGCCAGAGGAGGCGGGGAGCCGGGCAGCCCCCAAGGAGAGCGGCAGUGCGGCACUGGAGGCCGGCAGCGGGCUCAGCAUGGGCCCGGCAAGGGACGCGUCCACUGCCAUGCAGAGCCCCGCCAUGCAGAGCCCCGCCAUGCAGAGCCCUGCCACCGAGAGCAGGGAGCGGCAGGUGAAUGAUGCCCAGAGCCUUGUGACUCAGAUCAGCAGUACAAUGAAGGGUCUCCCUGUUGCAGAGCUGCCCCAUUCCUUGGUACAGUCACUCGCUUUCUUGUUAGACCCUUCCUUGAACGGCGUGAAGAACUUCAGCCACGUGGCUCUGGAGCUGGGAGUCAUGCCUCAGUUGCUGGGCCGGAUUUCUGGAUUUGAGCAGCUCGUCGCCCACCUCACCUACUCGGGAGACACCGUCACCAUCCCUCGGCUGGCCCAGGCUCUGCAGCGGCUGCAGCGCUUCGACGCCCUGCUCCUGCUGUGCGACCACUUUGCUCUCAGCCAGAUCCAGGGCCGCCAGUGCUAGGAGAAGGCAAGGAAGGGACAGAGGAAACUGCAGGCACUGUGUGUACUGGUACGGGAGAGGAUCUGGUAGCCCUGUGGUCACGUCAUCUCUGUAAUGUGCAUGUGGGAAGUAUAUGGAGAUGGUCGUUGCAUUGUGGAAGAGAAGCAUGCAAGGAGGAGCGUCCUUCCUUGGUGAAGAGCAGAGGAGCUGGGGAGGUGACAGCACUGUGCAUUCUCACAGCUCUCACUCCUGGGCAGGUUGUGCUCGGUUCCUGCAGUUCUUUUUUCUUCGGCUGUACUUACUCUCAUGUGCAGCAGCGUAGCAAUGUCACAGUUGCUGUGUCUGUUGGUGGGUAGUAAGCCCAGUUCUUUGCGAACUGUUGGCUUUGGGAUCAGUUCUGUGAGGUCCUUGGUCAUGGCAGGUCUCCUUCCCAGCUCCUUCCUCUGCUGGUGCAACAAGCCAUGAGGGUCUCUGGAGGCCUCGGGGUGUCUUCCACACCGACAGUGCUGAUGUUUGCUGGCUUCUCCUCAGUUGUGUACUGCUCACUGACAGGGCCAACAAUCACUUCUCUCCCAUUCCAGUUUUUCUGAACUUUUUCCUUUGGCCCAUACUUUGUUUUUCUGGAUUCCUGUUCCUACUUUGAGUUGAAUCUCUGUUCUCUGUAUUUUGCUCUCUGAGCACUGGAGAUGCGGAUCCUGGAGGAGGACCUGCAUGACCAUCACUGUGUGGCUGGGAGUCACACAGUCAUUCUCAGUGCCACUGCAGCAUUUGGCAUGUUUAAAUUCAUUUCCUUUAAGUACCAGAACACUUUGAUGUGGGUUUAUGUUGGAUGCAGCGCUGUGCUGCUCCUUGCCCAGGGCAGUGUUUGCUCCCCAGUCUGCUGGUGACCACCUGUGCUGCGCAGUGCAUCCACCUGCUGCCCACUCGGUGUGGCUGCAGCAUUGCUGCAGGGUGCAGUGGAGUGCCAGAGGCUGGGACCCUUCACUGCCUUCUGCAGCACCGCAGGGUGCAGCUGGUGCUCGGCCGCUGCCAGGCACAUUGGGCCGGCUGGAGAUCAAAGCUUAUGACCAGGACUGCAGUGUGGGGAGUGCUGGAGUCCCUGUGCAAAUCACAGCAGAGCAGGCUUGUUUUAAAUUGGUUUUUUUUUUUUUUUUUUUUUUUUUUCCGAGUUAAUGUUUUAUUUCUGGAAGUAGCUGUUAGGGAGGGAACACCCUUCCACAUUUAAUUUGCUCCUGAUGGAUUUGUCGGGGCUUGCAGCCGUUUGGCCUGUGUGAGACUCCCUUUGAGUUCGGGCGCAGCGCUCGGGGCAGCUUGCAGGGCUGGUGGCUGCCCCCUGCUCCGCUCUGCACCGCCCGCGUCAGGGGCUUCUAGGAGCCCCCUGGCGAGCGGGGUUUGCGUCCCACAGCAGGGCGACUUUCAGCGGGACGCCGUGCCCUGCCUCAGGCAGCGGUGCCCACACAAGUCCCUCGCUCCAGGAUUUUUGUCCAGGGCAAAUCCCAGCACAGCAGGUGGGGAGCGGCCCUGCGGAGGCGGGCGGAAUGCGGGGCCCCGUCAGCCGGGGGAGAUGCCCGGCACGCGCCCGGCCCCGCCUGGCGGGAAUGCCUGUCCCAGCAGGGAUGCCUGCACCGCUGAGGUCACGGCGCGGCAGCUGAGCGGUGCUGUGGGAGCUCACCUCCCUGGCUGUGCCGUCUGAGCCGGCGCUCGGCUUCUCUGAGCUGAGGUCCUUGUGCCGUGCCACGGGGCUGGGCCGGGAGCUGGUUGCUGCGUGGUGGGCGGGAGGUGUCAGCGCAGAGCGCGCUGCCGGUUGCGUGUGUCUUGGUGCCUGCACCUCGUGAGCUCGGAUCUUGAGCAUCUCAGUGCUCUGACCAAACCGUGCUGUGAGUUGAUAAACCCAGGGAUUUGGGCAGCGAGGUGACCUUGAGGCGCUGAUGGGAGAUCUUAUGCUGGUGCUCACUGAGCCAGGACAGCACCCAAUCCUACUGGAGAUCAGUGAGAAGUGCCUUUAGGUCAGGGACCUGGGUCUGGCUUCUCCAGUGAUACACCGGGGAAGAUGAGCCUGUCUUGUUUCUCCCCUCUUUCUACACCAUUUUGUGCCUGCUGAGUCUAUCUCCCUGCCUGACUUUCUCCCCUUGCCCUGAUCUUGCUGCUUGUACCCAUGGGGUCCGGUGGACAUCUCGGGCCGUUUCUGUCCUUCCUGGUGCUGCUGUCUCCUCGCAGCUGCUGCUCGCAGCCAGCUGGCUGUUGGUCCUGAGUGCCUGUGCCCCUGGGCCUGUGGGACACGCUCACUGCGUGCCAUGUCCUUGCUGAAGGCUGCAGCUGGCUCUGAGCGCUGUGUCCCCCCCUCUGGCGGGCUGUGGUGUCCCUGGCCGCUCCAGCGGUGCGGUGGCUGCCAGCAAGUGGCACUGUUCCACUGCCGGGGCAUCCCCAGGCUCUGCCUCUUAUCUGACCACAGUGCUUGGAAAAAGUGCACGACUUUCUGGGAACACAGCCCUCCCUCGGAUCUGCCCAACAGCAGUAUUAAUAGAUGUUCUGGUUUGUUUUUUUUCCUCCUUUUCUCUUGUUAAAUGCUGUUAAGAUUUGAACGUGCUCAGGAUGUGGUCAGAUAACAGGAGGCAUGGGCAGCUCUACUGGAUGUACCAUUUUCUCUCCCGCUGUUUAUAUCAUCCAGAGCUGCGGUUGUUUUGUUGUUCUUUGCUUUGUGAGAACCAGAGAUGUCAGUCAGACCUUGCACCCUUUUUGGCUGGGGCUAACCAGGCUCUGGGGAUGUGCUUGUUUUGUUACAGAGCCACCAGGGAAAGUGUUUCUGGUGCAAACACAGCCCAGGGACACGGGGCUAAACUUUUUUUCUUCAUCCGAGGUUCAUCUGCGGCCAGGAUGGAGUAUUGGAUUAAUCGCUUAACAAAAUCAAAUAUUUAAUCUCUGUGGACGCGCUUCACAACGAUGAGUUCACCUGUCUGAGCAGGAGCGAUCAUGCAGCUGAGAUAUCAGCUGUGGCUCUGGAGGUGAAGCCGGGCUGGUGCCUCACAGUGUGCCUCAGGAGCUCCUUUCUCUGCCUGCUGGUGGGGACCAGGCAGUGGCUGCUGCCCCUGCAGCACUGCAGUGAAUUAGGAACAGAGCAGUUAAUGAGAGCACAGCAGUGCGUGCUGCAGAGCCUCACAGGGGCAGUGGCUUCUGUCCCUCAUGCCCUCAUUGGGCUUUUCUGCUGACAUAGGUGGGCUCUGGACAAAUAUUUGUUUGUUUUUCCUUCUUCAAAGAAAUCAGCCCCAUUCUCAUACUAGUUUUAAGGGGAACUUUGACAUUUUAGCUGAUGCCUGAUGCCUGAGCAGUAUUGCUCACGUUCAGAACCUACCUCUGCCGCGGUGCUGAGGAGGCGGCUCGCAGGGCCGGCCGCCGCAUUUUAGCUGUUUUCACUUGAUAACUUUUCACUGUGCUCGCUGCCCCUGGGCCACCUGGGGCCCACUCAGAGCUGCUGCAGUGUCACUGUGAGCCGCCGCGGGCGGUGCUCCAUGUCUGCUGCAGAGCUCUGCCACAGGGCUGCGUAUGGCCGCAUCAGCCUGCGCUGGCAGCGGGCUCACGUCAGCCACGGUCAUGCAGGCCACGUUGUCAGAGCCUGCAGGGCUGCUCCUCACCGCCCGGCUGAAGCCCUCAGAAGAGGGGGACCACAGGAGCCCAAAGAUGGGGCCAUGAGACUGCAGCUUGGACACGGGCAGAUGGCAGCCAUCGCUGGGCAGGUGGGCGAGUGUGGAUUUCUUUAGCUGGGAACCCAUAGGCUUGAUACUUGACUUCCGAUUUUUCUCCUUAAUAGUAUUUUCAGCACAACAAUUGGAAUGUAAGGGAAAGAAGUUCCCAUAGCGCUGGAUCUUGCAUUUCAACUUCAGGAAGCUGCUGGUGCCAAGCUGGCACAGCUCAAUGAAAGUUGAAAGAAAUAAAAUAAUUCAGCAUCUGUGCAAACUUUAGUUGGAACUGAACAAUGGAAACACUCUUGGGAUUUCUGCAACGAGCAAUUGUUCUGACACCAGGCUUGUCUGGAAGUCCGACUGCAAGAAGAAUUUACGUGAUGGGUUUCAGUCCAGUGCUGUUCUGAAAGCUCCUAAGCACACUUAAAAAUAGGCAUGUACAUAAAUCCUACUAAAGUGAACAAGUAAUUAGUACAUCCUUGGGUGCUAUUCCUCAACAAGGUGUGGAUGAGAAUUGUACCUUCACUGUGCUGUCCCCGAGCAGGCAAUGCUGCAGAAAGCUGUUUGAUCAGUAGGGCACACUUUCAGAAGUCUGCAAGUGCUAAGGAGAGAUGCACUACAGUUUGUUUAGAUGACUCAACAUUGCAGAUUCUGGUGCUUUUCUGAAAAUAAAUAAUGUUCUAUAGCCAUGGUUUACCUCUAGGAAUACUUGUUAAUUUUUAUGGUAGGUUAUUUUGGUUGUGAAUGGGUUAUUUAUAUUUUUGUAAAUCCUACCCAGCAUUAUAAUUCUGAAGCUUAAGUUGUUUCCAUUGUUGGAUUUCUGGGGGAUGUUGUCUGUAUUCAAAUGAAACAGUAGCUGAAGCUCUUAAGUUUUGUUAAAUACGGGGUGUUUGUUCCCCACAUUCCACCCAGACGUGGUGCUGUGUACGUGUAGUUAAAUAAAUCCCAGAGGUGGAGGUGCUCAGCGAGUUUUCACUGGGGCUGUGCAGGGCUGGUGAGGGGCUGUGCGGGGCUCGUGUGUCCCCAGGCGUGGGGAUGGGAGGGCAGCAAGCAGCCCCCAAACGCUGCCCAAAGAGCCGCCUCUGCAGCUUCGCCGAGGAGCGGUCGUUCCUCCAGCUCCAUAAUUACAGCCCUCAUUAAGUCUGUUCAUGCCCCUGCACUUGGUCUGCUCUUUAAAAUAAUUAUUGGAAUGAAGGAUGUGGUUUUCUGUUUUAAUUAAAGCUGUUAUACUUGCCCAAA